AUCUCCUAGAGGAUGGUUUUGGAGAGCACCCCUUCUACCACUGCCUGGUUGCAGAAGUGCCUAAAGAGCACUGGACCCCUGAAGGUUACAGUCUCUAGCUUCGCCAUGUACAUGGCCCUUCUGUGUACAUGGAUGGGCGGGGAGGUAACUAAAAGAUCCUUUACUCAAUAAAGUAGAUGAUCAUGAUAAAUGAGGUAAGGUCCUAUUAUCGCACACUUAAAACCACGGUAGAUCAGAAAUUUAUAUUCGCUUCCUGUCUGUCUGCAAAGAAAUAGAACCAUUGCCUCUAAUUUGCAACCUUUGCCUCCAUUUGGAAUUGAAUUGACACUCCUUAUGAAGGAGUCAGUUUUUAAUUAUUUUUAUUUAUGUAUUUACUUUUUUUGCUGGCCCUGGUCAGAAGACGGCUAAAAGGGGAAGUUGUUUGGGUGGGUGCUUUCUUGAGUUUUCUUCUGAUGUCUGUUCCUUAGGCUAGAAGAUAAUCAGAACACGUAAGGGAUGAGCUAAGCUUUAGAAGUGUGUGAGUGUUAUGUAACACCUGUUUCUGGUUACUACUAUUCCUCCUGUGUUAAAGAUUGGGGGAAGUAAAUUGAAAAUUUAUACGUGGGAGGGCAAGUUCUGAAAGUAAACAUUACACUUUUGGCCUGAUAUUCUGACCUUAAGGAGUUGGUAAACUACAAGUAUUUCCUCUUCUAAACUGCUGUGUAAACCCAACUUUUGCCAAGACAACAUACCAGCAUGUCAUUAGGACGUGAAUAAUAUGUGUGUUUAGUUUAAGUCCAUGGCCCUCCGGCAAGUAAUGAAAGUGUUCUCAUUUCCUGAGUAUGAGGCCAGCAGACUAGCCAGUCCACCAGUGUAGCCUAGCUUCGGCUAUCUCUAAUGUGUGCUUUUUGCAAGUAUGUGUCUGAGACCAGAGAGAUCAUUUGGCAUUGGUCUGGACUGUACUAGCAUAAACAUAAGGAGGCAGUCCAGUUCCUGGUUACUUGUUUCAGUGCUGCGCGCAUGUAUAUUUCCUUAAAAUCUACAAUAGGCUUCUGAUUCUGCCGGUACAGCUUGAAUGGGUUGUUUUUCUUCUUUAUAUCUCAUGGGAUACUCUUAUUACAGGACACAGCAUUGUUGGUUUCGCCAUGUACUAUUUCACCUAUGACCCAUGGAUUGGCAAGUUACUGUAUCUUGAAGACUUCUUUGUGAUGAGUGAUUACAGAGGCUUUGGUAUAGGAUCAGAAAUUUUGAAGAAUCUAAGCCAGGUUGCCAUGAAGUGUCGCUGCAGCAGUAUGCACUUCUUGGUAGCAGAAUGGAAUGAACCAUCUAUCAACUUCUACAAAAGAAGAGGUGCUUCAGAUCUGUCCAGUGAAGAGGGAUGGAGACUCUUCAAGAUUGACAAAGAGUACUUGCUAAAAAUGGCAGCAGAGGAGUGAGACGUGCCGGGGUAGACAAUGACAACCUCCAUUGUGCUUUAGAAUAAAUUCUCAACUUCCCCUUGCUUUCUAUCUUGUUUGUAGUGAAAUAAUAGAGUGAGCACCCAUUCCAAAGCUUUAUUACCAGUGGCGUUGUUGCAUGUUUGAAAUUCGAUCUGUUUAAAAUGGAAGUCAUGUAUGUGGUUUGGAGGCAGAAUUGUUGAACAUCUUUUGAUGAAGAACAAAGUGGUAUGAUCUUACUAUAUAAGAAAAACAAAACUUCAUUCUUGUGAGUCAUUUAAAUGUGUACAAUGUACACACUGGUACUUAGAGUUUCUGUUUUGAUUCUUUUUUAAAAAAAUAAACUACUCUUUGAUUUAAA